UGAAUCCCGCAAUCUAUAUGAAUAUAUUGAUAAACAUUAACGAAAUCAUGCUAGUUAGAAAGAAGUACCUAAAAAUACUGACUUAAUUGCAAGACUUGAGAGACUCGGACAAACGUGUUCACGUGUCCUUGCGAAUAAGAAUUAGGAACAUAAUUAUCUUUUCAGUUUCCAGUGUAUGCUGUCUAUAUUGCAAUUGAGUAUUUGUUUAUCAAUAUUAAUUGACGUCAGAUGACGCAAUUAAGUUUAUGUAGAUAUCUUUGUGCAUCUAAUAUUAAUUCAUUGUAAUGUGUGUGGUGUUUUUAUCAAUAUUAAGCUAACAUUUUCGCAGUCAGCUAUGAAAGAGACGUGGAACAAAAUCUUUGACUACAAGACAGAUGGGAAUUUAAUAGUACUAAGUACGUAUAAAGAAUUGGAGAAAGAAGAUAACAAAAAUAGGAUAAGUUUUAGGUAUUAUAGAUAUGUGAGUAUAAUUCUAUGGUUAAUAAUUUUCUCACUAAUAGCUUUAGUUGUUCUAAAGAAACAAAGCCCACUGAUUGAUAUUGUGUAUGUUGAUAAUGGAAAUAAUGAUAUAAAUAGUGAUAAAGUGGUAUCAUGCUACUAUAAUACUCCUGCUAAUGAUGAUGUCUCUCAGUUGCUACCCUCCAACAUCAACCCUCACCUGUGUACUCACAUCAAUGUUGCCUUUGCACAGGUGAAAAAUAAACAAAUUUAUUUAACUGAAUUGCAAAUUAAAACUAUAGCAGAUGUCCUACAAAUAAAAAACAAAAAUCCAAAUUUAAAAGUAUUGCUGUCUGUGGGAGGAGCUGGUAAUAAUGAAGGAUUUUCAGAUAUGGUAGUAAAUCACAUAGCUAGAAAAGAGUUUAUAAAAUCUAUAAAAUACACAUUAAGAAAUUAUUCUCUAGAUGGCAUAGACUUAGACUGGGAAUUUCCUGCCCUUCAUCAAUAUAGCAGAGAUGCAGGCAAGAGGGAAAGGCAGCACUUCUCACAGUUGCUGAGAGAAAUAAGGAUGGAGUAUAUUAGAGAGAAAAAGAAUUACAUGCUCACAGUUGCUUUAGCUGCACCUCAGAUAAUUGUUGAUGUGGCAUAUGAUGUUGAUCAAAUCAAUUUGUAUGUGGAUUAUGCAAACAUAAUGACCUAUGACUUUCAUUAUUAUACACAGUAUACACCAUUUACAGGACUGAAUUCACCAUUAUAUGCUAGAAAUUCUGAGUAUUUCUACAUGGGGACUCUUAAUAUUAACUAUACAAUACAAAUGUAUCUAAGUAAAGGUUUAAAUGAAAGUAAGAUUGUUGUGGGUAUACCAACUUAUGGCCACAGCUUUACUCUAGUAAAUGAAGAUAAUGCAGGCAUUGGGAGCCCGGCAUCAGGAUAUGGGCAUGUUGGAAGUUCGGGGUUUGUAAGUUAUCCUGAGGUUUGUAAUUUUUUAAAAGUGAAUAGCAAUGUGAGUAUAGUAGAAGAGAAAAAUGCACGAGUUUCAUAUUUACAUAAACAAUCAGAAUGGAUUUCCUUUGACAGCCCUCAAAGUGUUACAAGUAAAGCUGAAUACAUAAAAAAGCUCAAGCUGAGAGGAGCCAUGAUCUAUGCACUGAACUCCGAUGACUAUAAAGGACUCUGUGGGAAAAUACUAUUCAGUAAUGUCAGUUAUAACUUUCCCCUAUCGGCUUCUAUUAGAAAUAUUAUCCUAACAUGAAUUUGUGAUUGCAUGAUAUUAUGUAUAUGGUUCAAUAAGUUAUUUUUGUAAUGCAAUACAAAGCAUGCAGUUACCAAGACAUCUACAAUAAUUAGGUUCAUAAAAAAAAUUACCUUCUUCCGAGACACAUAAGUAAUUUUGUACAUUGUACAGGAUUUCAUCAUUCACAAUAUUAGUACCACAAAAUAAAUAUUAAAAGCAAUUAUGCGAGCCGCGGCAGAGGCGCGGGCGUCGGCCCACGCGCAGCGCGACUGCCCAAGGUGAAUUCAGUGGCCGCGGCUCAGCGGCCUAGAACAGCACGCAUCGCAAACAGGUCAUCUUGCUAGUGAAAAAGCCAAAGAAAACUAGAACUAGUUAGGUUGCAGUGGGGAUUUCCACUUGAGCGCCCGCAAUAGCCGUAGACACCACCCGUUCCACGUACGGUUUAUACAGAUUCUGAAAAAAGCACCCGAUUUUGCAACUUAUAUUCUUCCACUUCAUUGACCACAUCAGUUAAACAUAAAAAUGUAUCGUAAGCUUGUAUUAUAGAAUUCCUGUAUUGUAUAUUUCUUAAUGAUAGUUUCUUUCUUUUUUUUACCUAUCUUAAGCCUGUAUAGUGUAUAUGAGUCUGGUGUAAUAAAAGUACCUGAAAUGUUAA